GAGCUGUGGAGCGCACCGCUCACAGGGUCUACUGAGGACGCGGGGGCGACGCUUGGAGCAGAGUUUGGUGCGAGAUUGAAAGAGGAAACCGCAGCAGGAAGAUGGCGGCUCGGCCGCGGCGGCAUCGGUCUCGUUGUGCAGAAGUGUCCCGAGGUGAUUUUUGUGACGGCGCUAAGGAGAUGAUCGACGAAUCCUCUUUUACCACCUCCAUGGAGUGGGACACACAGGUGGUGGAGGGGUCCUCGCCGCUCGGUCCGACGAAAUGUGGGGCGAAAGAACAGCCAAUCAGCCCGCUGCUGCCGUCGUGGCUGCAGCCCGAGAGAUGCGCGGUGUUCCAGUGCGCGCAAUGCCACUCUGUGCUGGCGGAUUCAGUGCACCUCGCCUGGGACCUGUCGCGUUCCCUUGGGGCCGUGGUCUUCUCCAGAGUCACAAAUAACGUCAUUUUGGAAGCACCCUUCCUGGUUGGCAUUGAAGGUUCGCUUAAAUGCAGCACUUACAACCUUUUAUUCUGUGGUUCCUGUGAAAUUCCCAUUGGUUUCCAUCUAUAUUCCACCCAUGCUGCUUUGGCUGCCUUGAGAGGUCACUUCUGCCUUUCCAGUGAUAAAAUGGUGUGCUAUCUCUUAAAAACAAGAGCUAUAGUAAGUGCAUCUGAGAUGGAUAUUCACAAUGUACCUCUACCAGAAAAGAUUUUAGAGCUGAAAGAGAAGAUAAUGCUGAUGCAUACUCAGUUAAAUUCACUAAUGAAGAUUCUGAAUGAAGUGACUCCUGACCAGUCCAAGCCAGAAAAAUGAACCAAAGUUUGAGUUUCAAGUUCAGACUUUUUUGUUACCUUCCACAACAGGCUGUUCAUUUCUUUUAAAACAAUUGUCUUCAAGAACAGAACAGAGACUGGAGUUGUAGCUCGGUGGAAGAGCGCUCGC